UUGUACGUGUGGCUCUUCAUCUCCCCUUUCUUCUUAACUUGUUGCUGACAGUAGACGCGCAGCGGACUACAAUUCAGCUUUCCCUGCGGGUGUUAAUGUCGCUGCCACUUGGGACAAGACGCUCGCCUACCUCCGCGGUCAGGCAAUGGGCGAAGAGUUCAGUGAUAAGGGCAUUGACGUUCAGCUGGGUCCUGCUGCUGGCCCUCUCGGUGCUCAUCCGGACGGCGGUAGAAAUUGGGAAGGUUUCUCGCCCGAUCCAGCCCUAACCGGUGUGCUGUUUGCAGAGACGAUUAGAGGCAUUCAAGAUGCUGGUGUCAUCGCGACAGCUAAGCAUUAUAUCUUGAACGAACAAGAGCAUUUCCGCCAACAACCUGAGGCUGCGGGUUAUGGAUUCAACGUAAGCGACAGUCUGAGUUCCAACGUCGAUGACAAGACUAUGCAUGAAUUGUACCUCUGGCCCUUCGCGGAUGCAGUACGCGCUGGAGUUGGUGCUAUCAUGUGCUCUUACAACCAGAUCAACAACAGCUACGGUUGCGAGAACAGCGAAACUUUGAACAAGCUCUUGAAGGCGGAACUUGGUUUCCAAGGCUUUGUCAUGAGUGACUGGACCGCUCAUCACAGCGGUGUAGGCGCUGCUUUGGCGGGUAUGGAUAUGUCGAUGCCUGGUGAUGUUACCUUCGAUAGCGGCACGUCUUUCUGGGGUGCAAACCUAACGGUCGGUGUUCUUAACGGCACAAUCCCCCAGUGGCGUGUUGAUGACAUGGCCGUCCGAAUCAUGGCUGCUUAUUACAAGGUUGGCCGCGACACCAAGUAUACUCCUCCCAACUUCAGCUCGUGGACCAGGGACGAAUAUGGUUUUGCGCAUAACCAUGUUUCGGAAGGUGCUUACGAGAGGGUCAACGAAUUUGUGGACGUGCAACGCGAUCAUGCCGACCUGAUCCGUCGCAUCGGCGCGGAGAGCACCGUCCUGCUGAAGAACGAGGGUGCCUUGCCCUUGAGCCGCAAGGAAAAGCUGGUUGCCCUUCUGGGAGAGGAUGCGGGUUCCAACGCAUGGGGUGCUAACGGCUGUGAUGACCGGGGAUGCGAUAACGGUACGCUUGCCAUGGCCUGGGGUAGCGGUACCGCGAAUUUCCCAUAUCUCGUGACACCGGAGCAGGCGAUUCAGAACGAAGUCCUGAAGGGCCGUGGUAAUGUCUUCGCCGUGACCGACAACUGGGCGCUCAACAAGAUCGCUGCGGCUGCCCGUCAGGCCAGCGUGUCUCUCGUGUUUGUCAAUUCCGACUCAGGAGAAGGCUAUCUUAGUGUGGACGGAAACGAGGGCGAUCGCAACAACAUCACGUUGUGGAAGAACGGCGACAAUGUGGUCAAGACCGCAGCGAACAACUGCAACAAUACCGUUGUCAUCAUCCACUCUGUCGGACCCGUCUUGAUCAAUGAAUGGUAUGAUCACCCCAAUGUCACCGGUAUUCUCUGGGCUGGUUUGCCCGGUCAGGAGUCUGGCAACUCCAUUGCCGAUGUCCUGUACGGUCGUGUCAACCCUAGUGCCAAGUCUCCUUUCACUUGGGGCAAGACCCGGGAGUCGUACGGUUCUCCCUUGGUCAAGGAUGCCAACAAUGGUAACGGAGCGCCCCAAUCUGAUUUCACCCAAGGCGUGUUCAUCGAUUACCGCCAUUUCGAUAAGUUCAACGAGACCCCCAUCUACGAGUUUGGCUACGGCUUGAGCUACACCACCUUCGAACUCUCCGAUCUCCAUGUUAAACCCCUGAACGCAUCCCAAUACACUCCCACCAGUGGCAUGACUGAAGCUGCAAAGAACUUUGGUGAAAUUGGCGAUGCCUCGGAAUACGUGUAUCCGGAGGGGCUAGAGAGGAUCCAUGAGUUUAUCUAUCCAUGGAUUAACUCUACCGACCUGAAGGCAUCGGCUGACGAUGAUAACUAUGGCUGGGACGACUCCAAAUAUAUCCCUGAAGGCGCCACGGAUGGGUCUGCCCAGCCCCGUUUGCCCGCUAGCGGUGGUGCCGGCGGUAAUCCCGGUCUGUACGAAGAUCUCUUCCGCAUCUCAGUGAAGGUUAAGAACACGGGUGAUGUCGCCGGUUAUGAAGUUCCUCAGCUGUACGUUUCCCUGGGCGGCCCGAAUGAGCCUAAGGUGGUGCUGCGCAAGUUUGACCGUCUGCACUUGGCUCCAUCGCAGGAGGUCGUGUGGACGACGACCCUUACCCGUCGUGACCUUGCCAACUGGGACGUUUCGGCUCAGGACUGGGCCGUUACUCCCUACCCCAAGACGAUCUACGUUGGUAACUCGUCACGGAAACUACCACUCCAGGCCUCGCUGCCCAAGGCUCAGUAAGGGGCGAUUAUGGGUUGUACAGCGCAUUUCCAAAGUUAUGAUGUACAUGUUUAUGAUUUACCUAAGGUAGAAUAACACUUAGUAGGUUUAGUUCUAAUUGUUGAAGUCAAGUGUUCGGAUAGUGUAUUGACUCACUGAGCCGAUCAAGAAAUUUAAUCUAAAUAUUCUUCUCACUUCAUUCAUCACCGGGACUGCUAGCAAUU